UGUGAGUCAGAGAAGUCGUGUGGGAGGAGUUAAAGUAAGAUGGCUGCGGGAAAGAGAAGAGUGUUUGAGAAAUCAUCAAAUGGGAUGUUUAUCAGUCGCUAACAGGAUGCACAGCAGCCCGAAAGAAGGAGUGGUUCAUUCGUUAACUCCCCCGGCUCAGUGUGGUCUAGCUCGCCAGUUGUCUCCCGGUUACUUGCGUGCUGGUCGUCCGUUUACUGCUCUGACAUUGUGGAAUUCAUUAGCUGCUAGUCGUUAGCAACCCACUGGCGCUAACUUACUAGCAACCAGCUAGCAGGUAUCCGUGGAAAUCUGCACCUCACAACAACUGUUGAGACUCCUAGAAAUAUCCGAGCGCAGAGUGCCCGUCCUGACUGGCUAUGGAGUGGUGUUGGCUUCAGACUGGAUGACAGGGUCUACAGGGAGGACAGGGUCACACAGAUUCUAAAGCAGCAGCGGGCUUUUCCUAGACGUACACUGACUGGCAGUGACAGCGCGUUUGCAGCUGACCUCCUUCCCCUCCUUCUCUCUGUUUGGAUACACUUUCCCUCCCCUUUCACCCCCUCUUCUCCCCGUCUCCUCCUCCUUCCCUCAUCAUCUUUCCCAUUUAUUCCCCAUCUAAUUUCUCUGUUGCGUCUAUAUUCUACCUUUUUUUUUUUUUUUAACCUUCUCUCGCCUUUGAGUUCUUGUGACCUCUCACUGGGUCCAGUAUGAGCUGGCUGAGCAGGUUGAAUCCGAGGGGUCCUGGGAGUCGGUCUGGCCGGAGUGCCGCCCCCUCCAGCCCCUGCACUGCUGACCCGGAGACCUGCCUCAUGGUGUUUGAGAACCACUGGAGACAGGUCUCUUGGGUGUUGGAAAAGCACGAGCCCUCGUCCUCCAGCGAUGACCUAACGGCAGUGAGGAAUCACACCGACCAGAUGUUAUGUCUGCUGGCAGAGGAGCGACCUGCCGAGAGCCCAGAGGGCGGCGGCGUGCCACCCAUGGGCCCCAUACUGGAGCUGGUGGUUACUGAGAAUAUUCUGGAGUGCCUGGUUCAGUGGCACCUCCGCCGCGGCCUGGAUCCAGACAGCCAGGGGGCGCUGCUCAAGCUGUUUGAGAUGCUCAUCGGCCAGUCCCAGCAGCCUCUGCUGCAACACACAGCCGUCCUCCACCCCCUGCUGAGGCUGCUGGGAGCUUGUGCCGACCCAGAACUUGGUUGUCCUUCAGCCCUGGAAAACAGCCUGGUACUGCUGCUCAAUCAGAUCUGUGUGUCCAUGGCCCGGCAGCCGGUGGUUCUAGAGAUGUUGUUCCGGGCAGCACCGGCUCAGCAGGGCUCCACCAAUCUGCUGAUCUUCUCCCUUCUCGUGCCAUUCAUCCACCGGGACGGAGCCAUCGGACAGCAGGCCAGAGACGCGCUGCUGCUGGUCAUGGCGGCCUCGGCCAGCCACGAGGCCGUUGCACGUUACAUCGCUGAGAACUCCUACUUCUGCCCGGUGUUGGCGACGGGCCUCAGCGCCCUCUACUCCUCUCUGCCCAGGAAGAUCGAGGUCCGAGGAGACGACUGGCACGCCCUGCGGCGCGAGGACUGGAUGUGUGUGUCAUCGCUCGUGCUGUUCAUGAACUCGCUGGAGUUCUGCAACGCUGUGGUACAGGUUGCUCAUCCCCUGGUCCGCUCCCAGCUCCUGGACUACCUCCACAACGGCUUCCUCGUACCAGUCAUGGGCCCCGCCCUGCAUAAGUCGUCCGUGGACGAGAUGAUCGCCAGCACCGCCUACCUGGACCUUUUCCUGCGCAGUGUGUCGGAGACUUCCCUCCUCAAAACCUUCCUGCGCUUCAUCCUGCUGCAUCGUCACGACAAUGACACCAUCCUGGACACGCUGCUCACACGCAUCAGCAGCAAUUCAAGGCUCUGCAUGGUAUCGUUGAGCCUCUUUAGGACUCUUCUCUCCCUGAACUGUGAAGAUGUCAUGCUGCAGCUCGUUCUCAGGUAUCUACUGCCCUGUACUCAUGUAAUGCUGAGUCAACGUCGUGCUAUCAGAGACACUGACCUAUAUGGAAAGUCAGCGGACAAGUUCCUGUCGCUGAUCCCAGAGUGCUGUCGGCUGAAUGCAGCGCCCUCUACAGAGCGGGACGAGGACAGUGCAUUCUGGGGGAAAGUACUGAACAGUCCCAGCACAGAGUCUCCAGCUCCACCCAGACCCAGUACUCCGUCCCGCUUAGCCUUUUUCAUCCGCCAACAAAGCAGUGGAGGUGGAUCAGGAGGAGGGGGUCCCUCUACCCCCACUGGCAUGGAGCCACUACAGUCGGGUCCUUCCAGUUCCCACCCCCUGUCCCCCGACAGCCCGAUGCACCAGCAGCAGACUCACACAGAGUGUCUGGACUGGGAUUCGGGUUACCUGGAGUACCUCAAAGAUGCCCGGCGGGGCAUCGAGCAUUGCUCCUGGGCCUGCCGUGACUGGUCGGCGCCCUACGAUGGAGAAAACCCCUCCCCGAACACAGUCCCUCCACCCCCACCACCCCCUACCUCCAACCCCUCCAUGGCUAUGUUCCCUGAGCACUUCUCUUUCCAGCAGGGAGGAAGCAGCAACACUCCUCCAGGCCAACAGAGGGCGGCCAUUGUGGCUGCAGCACGAUCUGAGUGGAGCAGCUCAGAGCGGGACAGCGGAGAGUGGGACGUCACCAUCGGCAAAAACAACUGCAUUAGCCUCACGCCACGCUCCAAGAAACGCAGCCUGCAGAGAGAGGAGCUCCUGCCAAAGGCCGUACCUCGUCUCGUCCCCUCCUCUUCGUCUUCAGCCACUCCUUUAUCGACUUCUCACCCUGCCUCGUCCCCAGCUCCUCACAUUCCGUCUUCUGCCAUCACUGUUAGCUACCAGGCCAUGUAUAACGGAACGAUGGGGCAGGGGGAUGGCUGCUCAGACAGUCGGGACAGAGGACUGGAGGUAAAGAAAGUGAAGAGAGACUUGGGGGAGCAGCAGUAUUUGGAUGAGAACGCAAAUCGGAAUGGAUCCCUUGUCACCUGCUCCUCCCAAAGCUGCUCCCCUCUCCCACAGUCUGUUUUUAACAACAGUGAAAUGAGCGAUGAGAAAUCUCUACGCCCGAACCAGAUUCCCUCUCAGAGCUCCAUCCCCAAACCAACGUCCGACACCAAACUGCUGACCAGCGACACCUCAAACCCACACGGUGCAUCCUCAGAUCUUCCAGAAGCCAACCAGGCGCAACAAUCUGUAGAGAGUCUCAUCCAGGAGCUGCUUGAGCAGGCACCAGGAGAACCACAGCCCCCCGGAGACUCCAACGGCCAGGGCAUCAGCAUCGAGGCCUUCACACAGGAGCUGAGGGAGCUGGAGGACCGGGUGAAGGAGCGCAGCAGACCAGCCUGCCAGGAGGAGGACACUGCCAGGGAGUCCCUAUCCGCUGAGCGGCAGGAGGAGGAACAGCAGUUGUCCUCAGCACUGGAGGUGAAGCUGACAGGUGACACGAAGGGAGAAGGAACUGUUGUGGGCCUCUGUAGUCCUGCGAGACCACUAAAUCAGCCUGCCUCUCAGCCGUACACAGGUCCAUUCAUGGUGGUUCUGUUUGCCAAGCUGGAGAACAUGCUCCAAAACUCGCUGUACGUCAACAUCCUGCUCACGGGCAUCGUGGCCCAGCUGGCCUGCUAUCCACAGCCCCUCCUACGCUCCUUCCUGCUCAACACCAACAUGGUCUUCCAGCCCAGCGUCAAGUCACUGAUCCAGGUCCUAGGCUCUGUGAAGAACCGCAUCGAGGCGUUUGCAGCCUCCCAUGAGGACUUCCCGGCCAUGCUGAAGAAAGCCCAGCAGUAUCUGGUGGCCCGAGGCAAAGUGGACUGGACUGACUCGCCUGCAGCAGUUCCUCCCCUGCGGCGCUCUGAUUCAUUAGUGAAGAGUCGUAAGCCAUCCCUUGGAGACCUGAUCCUUCGUCACACCAACAGCCCGACCCGGGCUCGGCACGCCGCUCAGCUGGCCCUCGCACACGUACGGGAUGGCGGCCAGUCACUGCACAGCGCUCUGUUCAAGGGGAGUGCAGGGGCCUCUGGCCUGGAGAAGCAAGCCGAAGCACUCCGAGUGAAGAACGCCGUCUACUGUGCCGUUAUCUUCUGUGAGUUCCUCAAGGAGCUGGCUGCCCUGGCUCAAGAGCACGCCGUCUCUCUGCCUUUCCCUCACAGCCAGGAGGCAGAGGAAUAGACGGUAGACUCCUCAAAUCCAGCUCUAAGCCUCAAUUUCUUUUAGUUUAGGCUGUAAAAAGAGUUCAGUAAGAUUCUCCCAUCAACAGACAGACUGGAGCACUGAGACUUUUCUGUCACUGAGGUGGGUCAUCUGACAGACAGAAAGCAGGAUGAAAACAGUGGCGUUUUUGUACCAAAAUCAUUAUAGGAUACCUAUAGGACUGGAAGAAUUUUCCUCAUCUGUAAACUUAUAUGAUAUUGUGCAUAUCAUGUAUUAUAUUUACAUUCUAUACACAGAAAAUCUCUGUAAAUGCUUGAGAUUUGGGAGCUUGUACAUACACAUACACAUACCAUGUCAUGGUAUAAUGUGACACAGUAAAGCCACAGAUAAAAGAAAUAGGUGCACAUAUUGGUGCUAGUCAAUACUCUUUAUCUUUUAAGUUGAAAGGGUGCUUUCAGGUGGCACAGAGGAGACGAAAGUUUUGUCCUCAAAAAUGUUGACAAACACCAAAAAUCGUAUGGAAGGAAUACACUUUGAAGUUGAUUGACUAGCUUACACUUUCAGUCAUCUUCGGCCAUCUCUGUCACAGAGCUCUUCCUCUAUCAAGGACCGGCCAGUAAUGAAAGCCGUUCCUAAUAACACAUCUCCAGUGUCCAUUUUAUUUUCAAGAGGCUGCACUGCUGCAAAGACUAGUCAUCAAUGAAUGAGAUGAAAACUGGAACACGCAGGUGAGCUAGUGCCAUUUUCUCUCCCGCGAGUCAGCACCACCGCCACAAAUGUACUGGAAAAACUUUGGAUAAUUAAUGGCAUUUUUAAAAAAUAUUUUCUUUGAAACGCGCUUGUCUUUUGCAUUUGCACCAUUUUCUAGACAUAUCAGCAACACGCGGGAGCAGGUUCGUCUGUCGUUGUGUAUGAGGUGACACCAACUCUUCAGUAAGCCAUUCACCUGUUGCCAUAAAAGAGGCUGCGGCAUUGAAAAGACAGCAAUGCUUUACAAUUCAUACCUUUCGUGUGUCAUUUAGUCUUUUUAAAAGACCCAAGAGUCUGCGAGAAAAAGGCGAGAAGGGAAGGAAUUUAUUUCUAGGGAGCGUUGGCACAAUUUCCAUUUACUUUGAACUGACAGUUGAAAAAGGUCCUCAUGAAGCAUUCACUGACAUUGCUUUAAACAGAUCUUUGUGAGCUGUGAGCUAAAGAUGAGGCUUGUAAGGAGUGAUCUCCUUCUCAGUUUGUUUCAGUUUUUGUUUUAGUUGGCUUCAAAAAAUUGUCUCUUUUGGGUGAGACGGGCCAAACUGAACAUACAAACUGUUCAACUAGGAACUUAACAUGCUGCUAUUUUUUUAACACUAACACCCAUUUUUAUUAUUAGUGUAACAGCUACUAUCUCUUCAUUUCAUUGUUAGGUACCAAGUAUAAAUGUGUAUGUGAGGAUGUGGAGGAGUCAGUGCCAGUGUUGUGAUCGGCAUUUAAUUUAUUCUUUCUUGCGUCUGAGGUCGAAUGAAGUCGCAGCCACUCAGUGUUAAAAGCUUUUGCCAAGACAAAAUUCUCUUUCAAUUCUCUUGUUUUUUCAUCAACGUUAUUGUCGUUGGCAGUUUUAUAAGACGGCCAUUCUUUAUUUUACAGGUCUGUCAUUUCAAAAUUAAAUGCGUUUGUUGUUUUUUUUUUAAAGAAAGGAAAUUGUGAGAAAGUUAUUAGCAACUGAAGAACCUGUAAAACGAAGAGUUCACUGUAUGACUGCAAUGCAAAGUCCAUCUAUGACCGCGCUUUUUGUGAAAUCCUUUUUCUGCACAUACUAGCCAUUCUCUCUCAACUUUUAGCAGUAGAGAAACUGCCCAUAAUGCAAAGUCUUAAUAUCAUUUUUUGACAACGGUUCCAUCUAUUCUCAACUUGUCAAAGCCAUAGUUUGUAAAUGUAAUACUUCAUUACUGCUGUAACUCACUUUUCUAUGGAGGUUUCUAGACACAUUUCGUAACACCCCAGUUACCCCCAGUUUGUUUUUUAAAUGUCAUUACUAAAGAGUUUCUGCAUGCCAUCUGAGGCCAGGUUUAUAAUGAAAUAAUAAUUAAGUAGUGUAGAGUAAGUUUUCUUUGGUUUGUGCAAUAGUGCAGAGCUUAAAUUAAAUUCCAUGCAGUAGGUUUUAGCGGUUAGUGAGUCAUCCGGGUGCCUGCGGAGAUCAGCGAUGGCAAGAACACGUUUCACACUGAAUGUUUCCUCUCGGCUAAUUAAAUUGGUAGAGAAAUCACUUCUGUUUUUGACCCACUGCCAUCCGUCCGUCCAUCUGUUCACCUUGUCUGCUGUACAUCCGCGUGUGUUCAGAACGUGAUUCAUGUUUCCCUUGCACAGAGAAAAAGGCCAGAGGGUCUCAUUCCUCACCAGGUUCAUCUACUUUUAGACUCAAGAUUGUGUUUUUUUUAACUAAACUAUUUUUACUAGCAGUUCCGUUAAAGAUGGGUCGUAGUAUGAGAAAGGUGGUAAAUGCUCAGCUUCUCAGUGCUAUCACUGACUCAGUCAGCUGGUCGUUGAGUGUAAUUUAGUUUCAGUCAGUUGUCUGUAUUUCUUCGUGGACACCAAAGACAAUCUCUCUAUGACAAUACCCCAAACUCCCAGUGUCUCUGUUUAAGCAAUCAUACACAGUUUCAUGGUGCACAAUAUGAACACUGUAAUAAACUAUUACCUGCUUUCAAAUAACCCCACAAAAAAGGUGCCAAUUCCUAAAAUAUUACAGUUAAAAGGCCAUAUACACGGAAACUGUUGACUGAUGGAGAUGAUAAAGUUAUCACCAAGACUUUGUCAGAUGAUAGAACCACUGGCCAAACAUAUGAAUCCCAAGCUUUUUAAACAGGAAUUAUCCUUAAAAAGGUAAUUAUUUUACCAGCUCAAGCUCAUUGGACAGGGCGAGGUGUGUUUUUGAGAUUUAGAAAAGGGAGCUGCUCAACUUUGAGUUGCAAAACCUAAAUAGUUGGCAUUGGUCCUCUGUGACUCUUAUUUGGGACUUUAUCCCCCGCACACCUGUCUACACUUCCUGCAGUCAUUUUGCACUGCUUCAUUUGUUGUAUCUUUUUUUUUUUUUUUUUCAUUUUUAAGAAUACGAUGAUGUGCCAAGGUUAUCUUGGGGUGUUUUAUAAAGGAUUAUUCCCUACAAGGGACUUCAGCCCGAAGUUGUCAGAUGGCUGGACGUAAGCAGAGAUGAAUUUAGUGCAGCGCUGAUAUAAAAAAACCCAACUCACACACUGUGAAGUAAAACGGGGAAUUAGACAACUAUAAUCAAGGCUGCAUGUUACUGUGAUGGAUUACCUAGCUUUAUGGAGGUUGUUCUUGAUGCUCCACAAGAAUGAAUGGCAGCAAAAGGGCUUUCUCUGCUGGUAGAAAAGUGAGCCCUCCAACUGUAGGGAUCGUGGACAGACAGGGGAACAACUUGUUUAACAUACACAAACACCAAAACUGAUUUUAAAAUCUUAAAAUUUACAUUUGGGAAAGGGAUUUUAGUUUUUGAAAAAGCAGCAACUACCACGGCUGCUAAAGCCAAUGCAGUUCAUUUAAUGGCCAGAAAACCAAAUUAAUUAAAAAAUGAGUUAAAUGUGUGUAUCUGUUUACUGUCAGGAGAUAUAGCCUCAAAAUAUAUCCAGUCUUACGUUUGUGAAUGCUUGAUAAAGAGGCGUCUCUGACGUGUUGGCUGCUGUUUCACCUCAACUCUACUCAGACUCCAUUUAUGUGCUUUUCUGACUCUGUUAACUGACAGAAAUGGUGGUAAGCUUCAGACCUUUUUGUGGGACUGUAUUUUAUUUAAUUUUUUCCUCUGUCUGUUUCAGACAGAUGCACUUGAACACUACAAUUAAUCAAUCAAUGUCAAUGAGUUAAAAUCUUUCACAUCCUUCAACUUGAGUUGUUUAGUUGUGUCUGAAUUCAGAGCAUGAAUUGUGUUAUGAGUUUCUGUGUUUCUAUAUUGAAGUUUAGUGUUCAGCUGUCACUGACUUUCAUUUGAAUUGGAAUUAUGUCAUCCCCCUUUUUGUUUUUGGGUUGUUUUAUCACCAAGUAACACAAAGAUAUAAAAAAAACUGUUAUAUUUUCACAUUACAAGCAGCAAUGCAACUAACAGCAGCAGAGUGCCACAUGAGGCUUCCACUUUAACUUUGUAACAUUUUAGUUGCAUGUACGGUUCAUUCAAAGUUAGACGGUUAAUUUCUGCAAGUGAUCUUGUCAGUAUGAAAACAACAACUGCAACAGUCUGGGCUAUUUAACUUUCAUCUGAAGGGACUCAUCUGAUUUCUGAACACAUUGUGUACACUUUGUGCCAUGUUUGAAAUAGAUUCCUCAUGUGUUGAUUUGUAAUGCCUAUCACGGGAUGUACAGUAUCUUCUCACUUUUCCUUUUUCUUUUGAAGUUUGACUUUUGAUUUCUCCCCUGUGAUCUAUGCAAAACAUGCUCUGGUGUCCCCCGUUUGAAACUGAAAGAUGAUGUGGAUUUAAUGUGUAAAUACUGUAAAAAGCAAUGGGUCAAAAAUGCACAGGUAUGUGAAAUAACCAACAGGACAGAAUGAAAAUCAUGCUAAAAGUAAUGUAAUGAUGAAUGUUGUCAGAAAUAUUUUUCUAUAUUUUGAAAUCAUUAGAAAAAAGGACAAAAAUACAAAGUGGGAAAAAGCUGUCAGAAGAACACUACAAAGGGAAUGUUUUUAUUAAUUUAUAAAUUCUUUGCCUAGCAAUA